AUGUCCGACUACCAAAAUCAAUUGGAAGAGAAAAAGCGACAUUUACGCAAUCGUUGGACAAGUAGAAUUGAAGAAACUAUUAUGAAAUUUGUUCAAGACUAUAAGAUUAUUCUAUAUCAAAUACCUAUUGAAAAAGAAAUCAUCCGUAUUGAAUAUGAUUUCUUUGAUCGAUUAUCCGAACUUGAAUUUUAUAGUGAAAAUUCAAAUGUGUAUCAAAAACAACUAUUUCAAUAUCUUACACAAAAGAAAUUUGAUAUGGAGAAAUCAAAACUAGAACUUGCUCUAUUAAAACAGCGUAUCACUCAUAAUCAUCUACCAACAUCAUUUGAUAAACUCGAAAUAUCAAUACCUACUCCAAUACAUACAAUAAUGGAUAUGGAGACAGCUCAAUCUCUAAAAGGUCGAUAUGAUAAAAUUUUACAACGAACAAAAGUUGAUAUGAUGCAGGUUUAUGUUGAAGCUGCUGAAUUUCGAGCAAAUCAAUAUCGAUUACAGUUUAAUAAUGCAAUGAAUAAAUUAAAAGAAAAUGAAUCUACACAUCUAUCCGAUAGAAUAUUAACUAAAGUUAUGUUCGAUAUUAUGAUAAAACAAGGCGAAAUCACUGAUUCAGGCGAAGAUGUUGAACAAGAUAUUGAUCGAUGCGAUGAUAUCUUUCAUGAAUAUGGUGACGAUAUAGAUGAAGAUGAAGAUAAAAAUAUUGAGUUUGAUAAUCUUCAGCGAACAAUCAUUGAAAAGAAAGAUGAAUCUAACGAAAAUGAUCACACGAAGAGUAUAAUUCCAAAUGACGAGUUACAUGAUAAUGACUCGAGUGGAAUUUUCCUAGAUUUUACAGUCGACAAGGACGAAUUAUGUCAAAAACCUAGCCAACUUGCAGCUUCGCGUAAAAUUAUAUUAUUCAUGGCACGAGAACGAAAGCAAAAUUCAACUUUCGAUGAAAUCGAUAAAUUACUUGCCGAUGAAGAAUUUUGUCGAGCAGUAGAAGCAUUGAACGACGAUGCAGACAUUACUGUUCACUCAUCAACACAGACGACACCGGAUCCUUUAAAUACUGCUUUUAUUGAGGAGACCAACCUCAAUGAACAUCAACAAAGUAAUUUAUCUCAACAACAAAGUAGUUUAUCUCAACAACAAAGUAAUUUAUCCGAACAACAAAGUAGUUUAUCUGAACAACAAAAGAGUUUACCUCAACAACAAAGCCAAACUAUAAAUGAUGCAUCAGCCAUCCUUCGUGAGUUGGCAGAGAUAACGACUGAACAUGAACAUGAACGGAUCGAUCAACCUUUACCAACAACAACAGCAGCAGGAAACUUGGUCGAAAUAGUUGAUCUAUCACCAUCAACAUCUCGUACGAUCGAUCUACGUACACCGACAUCAACAACAAUCGAUCUUUCUACACCUGCACCAAUUACGAUCGAUUUAGAUUCACCUCAAAUACCAUCCAAUACUAACACUACGGACUCACCACUUCAUUUAAGUCCAAAAUAA